CCCGGCUGUUGAAAAAGGACAAACACAACAGACGAGCAGCAGGGAGAGGUGUGGAGCAGGGAAGACAGCAAGACGCUCGUGCAAGAAAGACAGACAGACGGGGAGAGUGUGUGAGGGAGAGAGGGAUCAAGACAAGAGGAGAGGACAGGGAGCAGCAGUUGCAAACGUGGAGGACAUCCCAAACAGAGAGAACCCGUGACCAGGAAAAGACGCCCUCUGUGCCCACAAGAUGUCGCGCCGACGGUCGUCGAUGGACUUGCUGGACGAUGACAGCGAUGCUGAUGAUGGCACGGACCUGUUUGAGGCCAACACCGGCAACAAAGAGCUGGACAAGAAGGUGAAACAGGCCGAGAAGAAGCUCCUCAGCGUUGAGGCAGAGCUGGAGGCCAGCGAGAACAGGGCCAAAGCCCUCUCCGACCACUUUAAGAAUGUUCAGCAGGAGAUCCAGCACACCCAGGCUCUGCUGCAAGCAAAGAAGCGCGAGCACGGCAAUGAGUCGCACCUCAUCCAAAUGUGCCAACAAACAGAGCGGCAGCUGCAAAAGGAGAUAACACGCGUGCAGCAGGAAGUGAAGACCAUCACAGACCGCAUCAACAACAACCAGAACAGCAUCCUCAAGGCCAAGCAGACCCUCGACGACAUCAAGGAGGACAUGAAGUGGGACGAGACAGAGCUCAACAAGUGGAUGGCACGCCGUGAUUUGGAGCAUCAAGUCAUGGAGACCCAGGCGCAGCGCAUGGGGCUUGACAAGGCGAGCGAGGAGUAUGCAAAGCUGCACGAGCAGCAGCAGGAGAUCACGGGCCUGUGGGAGGGCGUGAUUGCCAAGAUGGAGGAGAGGGACCAGGAAAUCACAACAGAGGCAGAAGCAUUCGCGAACCUCAGGCAGCACAUUGCAGAGAACGAUGCGCUGAUUCGGGAGAAGGACGCGUUUCUCGCCGAGCAGAAGAAGACGAACCGCGAGGUUGAGGCGGAGGUGAACAUGACCGAGCGGCGCAUGCUCAAGGCCCGCGAGCACCAACUGCGGGAGGAGAAGCAGCUGGACACAUACACGGACGAGCUGCGUACGCUGCGAAUCACCCUGUCCAAGACGGCCACGGACCUGUCGGCGAAGAAGGCGGAGCUGACGUCCCUGCAGAAGCAGCUGGUUGAGCGGACACGCCGGUGUGAUGAUCUUGAGCAGGAGGUGGCCAAGGCCAGGGAGAACAUCACAUCCAUGCAGAAGCGGCAGCUGACGGCUGAGGAGCGCGAGCAGCAGCUAGCGCAGCUGUUGGAGGGGGAGGAGAGGGAGCAAGAGUCCAUCCUGAAGGAGGUGGCGGCAAUGCGUCAGGUGCAGUUUAAGGCGGCAGAGCGGGUGAAACAGCUUGAAGAAGAGCACGCGCGGUUGUCGCAGGAGCUCAAGGGCAGCGAGGCCGCCAACGCCAAGGCGCAGGCACGCAUCCGCACGAUGGAAAAGGACCUGUCCAAGCAGGCGCAGCUCAUGUACCAGCUCGACUUUCAGAUUGCAAACCUCGAGCGCAAGCUGCAGAAGCUCGAAGGAAAACAGACGAGCGGAGAGAAGGAGAAGUACGAGGCGCAGAUUGCGGAGUUGAAGGAGCAGCUGUCGGCGCAGCAGCAGACGAACAAGCUGCUGCACCAGCAGAUCAGUGCCAUUGAUGACCAGAUUCGCGUUGGGCGGCGCCGGAUGGACACGGACGCAGAGGAGCACAAGCGGCAGGAGGAGUACAUUACGCAACUCACGCUCGCCACGAAACGCCUGGAGAAGGACUUGAAACGCACAGUGACGUCCAAGGAGGACCUGCUGGUGGAGGAGAACAUUCUCAAGCUGGAGAUUAAACGCGUUCGACAGGCGCUUAACGACAAGGCGGACCGCGUGUACACGCUGGAGCAGCGCAAGCUGCAGCUGCAGCAGACGAUGAAGGACAGGCUGGAGGAAAUUCAGAUCCACAAGGACCUGUUGCAGAAGCAGCAGAGGGAGGUGGAGGCUGACAAGUCUGCCAUCAACAAAGAGCUGAACGAGCGGUUUGGGCGCAUUGACCAGCUGAAGAAGCGGUACGAAAUUAUUGUCAUGUCGAUGGAUUCCACAGACGACGGCGAGCCGAAGACACACGCGUACUACCUUGUCAAGCACGCGCAGGAGCGGGAGGAGCUGCAGCGCCAGGGCGAUGAGCUGCAGGAACAGAUUACAGAGGAGGAGCGCCAGUUGCGGGGAUUGCACAAGACGCUGUCCAAGAUGACAAAACGCAACACAAAGCUCAAGCACUCUCUCCGCGGUGUGAGCGAGGACACACCCGAGCAGCAGACAAAGGCCCAGCUCGAGAAGAAGUACCACACGCUUCUUGAGAAGCACAAGGCGCUCAACCACGAGCGCAACGAGCUUGAUGCGGAGCUGCGUGCACUGGAGGAGGCGGAUCUCGCUGCCGCCCGCGACGAGCAGCAGCUGCAGUCGCAGGUCGACCGCGCAGCAGCAGAACUCUCCGCUCUCGACUCCGAACUCACAGAGCAGAUGCACAAGCUGCAGCGCGCAACCCGCCAGAGCGAGCAGCUCAAGGCCGAGCACGCGGCACGUGCAAAGGCAGACGGCAACGACGCUGAGCUGGCGCACAAGGACUUCCAGCUGCGGCAGCUGCGAGACACCAUCGGCCGCAUGAUGCGUGGGAUUGACGGUGUUGUGCGCAACAAUGCCGACGUUGCUGUGCAGCUGCAGAUGCUCUAUGACCAGCACGGCAUCAAGGCGCCCACACACAGCGUCCCCGGCAGCAGAUACGGGAGCUCGCGCGGCAGCAGCGUUGCGUCGACGCGCAGCACACGCAGGACGACCCAGCGCACGCUCCCGCCCACGGCCAACGACGUCGUCGCCAAGUACACAUCGCAGCGCCCCGUCUCAACCACCACCUUUGAGUUUGGGCUGCCGACGCGGCCCGAGUCUGGGCGGAGCGGGCUCACCACCCGCCCGACAACCCGCUCAACCGCUGCCCGCACACGCGGCACACGCAAGUCGACAACCGUGACAGCAGGGCGCACCUCCGCUGGCCCGCGGGGCACACGGACAACAGCGAGUGCCGGCGGGCUCGGUGGCCUGAGCGUGUCUGGGUCACGGCCCCUCUCUGCGCGAAGCUCUGCGUCCACACGACGCAGCGCGGCAUCAACGAGCGGUGCACGUGGCGCCGCACGCAGGGGCAGGCCCACCUACGGCUGA